CUAAGAGAAGAAAGCAGAGCAGUAUGUUGACAAGCCGGGGUGAGCAUUUCUUUCGCCGAAUGGCGUCCUGCAGUUGACGACGCUCGGCAUCCAUGCGAUUGAUCUCGGUCUUAUCGCGCCCAAUGCCCUAAGAGAAGAAAGCAGAGCAGUAUGUUGACAAGCCGGGGUGAGCAUAUGUGUGUGUGUGUGUGUGUGUCUGUGUGUGUGUAUCGAUCGGUUGACCUCCGAAGUCUGUGCGCUGUCGGGCAACGGGAGGUCGUACAGGGCAUGAGACACCAGAAUAUAAAAUGUAGGCGGCGAUCGGCAGCAGCCUGUGUGUACAAGAGACACAACAACGUAAUUUCCUGACUAAGUGAGUGGUGAGUCUAUACGUCUCACCUCUGUCGCCCUGCCUCUCCAGCAACGCUGUGGCACGCCCUCGCCCGCCAUCGUCACCGUUACCACACAAUGCAACGCCAU